UUCUAGGAUAUAGCGUCCAGUGGAAUUGUGAUCACUUUUGAUAGCUCUACAUCGGCGGUGACAAGCUCUUAAAAAUCGUUUUAAAUCAACUCUUCAAAGGUCCCAACAUCCUGUCGCAAACUCCGUGAAGAUGGGCAAGGAGAAGAUCCAUAUCAACAUUGUGGUCAUUGGCCACGUCGACUCCGGCAAGUCGACAACCACCGGCCACCUGAUCUACAAAUGUGGCGGCAUCGACAAGCGUACGAUCGAGAAGUUCGAGAAGGAGGCCCAGGAGAUGGGCAAGGGCUCCUUCAAGUACGCCUGGGUUUUGGACAAGCUGAAGGCGGAGCGGGAGCGCGGCAUCACCAUCGACAUUGCCCUGUGGAAGUUCGAAACGGCCAAGUACUACGUGACCAUCAUCGACGCCCCCGGACAUAGAGACUUCAUCAAGAACAUGAUCACCGGCACCUCGCAGGCCGACUGCGCGGUGCUGAUUGUGGCCGCCGGAACCGGAGAGUUCGAGGCUGGGAUCUCCAAGAACGGGCAGACCCGUGAGCACGCCCUCUUGGCCUUCACGCUGGGCGUGAAGCAGCUGAUUGUGGGCGUCAACAAGAUGGACUCCACUGAGCCGCCGUACAGCGAGGCCCGCUACGAGGAGAUCAAGAAGGAGGUGUCCUCGUACAUCAAGAAGAUCGGCUACAACCCGGCCUCGGUGGCCUUCGUGCCCAUCUCCGGGUGGCACGGCGACAACAUGCUGGAGCCCUCCGAGAAGAUGCCCUGGUUCAAGGGGUGGUCCGUGGAGCGCAAGGAGGGCAAAGCGGAGGGCAAGUGCUUGAUCGAUGCGCUGGACGCAAUCCUGCCGCCGCAGCGUCCCACCGACAAGCCGCUCCGGCUGCCACUCCAGGAUGUCUACAAGAUCGGCGGCAUCGGCACCGUACCAGUGGGUCGUGUGGAGACUGGUCUCCUCAAGCCAGGCAUGGUCGUCAACUUUGCUCCGGUCAACCUGGUCACUGAGGUGAAGUCGGUGGAGAUGCACCACGAGGCGCUUACCGAGGCAAUGCCCGGCGACAACGUAGGCUUCAACGUGAAGAACGUGUCCGUGAAGGAGCUGCGACGCGGCUACGUGGCCGGUGAUUCCAAGAACAAUCCUCCCAGGGGAGCAGCCGAUUUCACCGCUCAGGUGAUCGUGUUGAACCAUCCGGGCCAAAUAGCCAAUGGCUACACCCCUGUAUUGGAUUGCCACACGGCCCACAUUGCCUGCAAGUUUGCUGAGAUCAAGGAGAAGUGCGACCGCCGCACGGGCAAGACCACCGAGACGGAGCCAAAGGCCAUCAAGUCCGGCGACGCGGCCAUUAUCGUGCUGGUGCCCAGCAAGCCGCUGUGCGUCGAGAGCUUCCAGGAGUUCCCACCGCUGGGACGGUUCGCUGUGCGCGACAUGCGCCAAACUGUCGCCGUGGGCGUCAUCAAGUCUGUCAACUUUAAAGAGACGACUUCGGGCAAGGUGACAAAAGCCGCUGAGAAGGCACAGAAGAAGAAAUAACUAGGGUGCCAGCAGAAGUACGACAUCGCUCGAACCCAACAGCAACAACAAGAGCAA